CCACGAAGAGGCAAAGUUUAGCCCGGAGCUGCAAGAAGCCACUCCUUCUUCUGCUGGAGGGGAAAAUUCCGGUUCUCCUCGUGCACGUUGUUGCGUGCGCGCAGGAGGAAAGGGGCAGGUAUCACAAGUGGGGCCCCUCCUCCAGAGAGCCGAACCGCGGUGGGUUUGCGCGAAUGGAAACCGCUGGAAUGGCAGGACGGAACCGACGACUCGAUCGCUCCCUCCCAACACGGGUGGGGGGAGCUCGGCAGCCACUCGCACGGGAGGCAGGACUCGCCUUUGAGUUGCACACUACAAGUAACAACUCGGCCCAAUACAUCCGGAUGCCUGCUGUGCCUUGUUGUAUUUGCGAACCUUGAGCUGACUUGUUGGAGUCUUUGGAGCGCGCCAGUGCGCCGCUGCAAGACGUUUGCGGGGAAGCGCUGGCUGUCGAGGGCGGUGUGGCGCCGCUGCAAUGCUGGCACGGACGAAGGCGAGGAGAGACAUGCGCUGACCGGAUUUGGAGUUGGUUCCCGUCCGCACCGACGCCUUGAUUAGUCUAGUUUCCCACUGACUGCGGAGUUUAAAAAUGCCCGUGAAGAGCAAAUACAACCUGGUGGAUGAUGGCCAUGAUUUGAGGAUCCCGCUACACAACGAGGAAGCCUUCCAGCAUGGAAUCAACUUCGAGGCGAAGUACAUUGGCAGCCUGGAUGUGACACGACCGAGCAGUCGAGUGGAGAUCGUGGCUGCAAUGAGACGAAUCAGGUAUGAGUUCAAGGUGAAAAACAUCAAAAAGAAAAAGGUCAGCAUCAUAGUGUCUGUGGAGGGCGUCAAGGUCUCCUUGAGAAAAAAGAAAAAAAAAAAGGAGUGGAUGUGGGAUGAAAAUAAAAUGAUGGUGAUGCAGGACCCCAUUUACAGAAUUUUCUAUGUGUCCCAUGACUCACAGGAUUUAAAGAUCUUCAGUUACAUUGCCCGAGAUGGGCACACCAACGUCUUCCGCUGUAAUGUUUUCAAGUCCAAGAAGAAGAGUCAGGCCAUGCGCAUCGUCCGCACUGUCGGUCAGGCAUUUGAGGUCUGUCACAAACUGAGUCUGAAGAACGCGCAGCUGAGCAAAGAUAGCCAGGCCGACGGCCACGGUGAAAAGAAUGCAGACGACUCCUCCAUCUUAGGAGUGCGUGCUCAUCCACCCGUGUGUGUGUGUCUUUUACUCGGCCCAGGCGCGGCGGAGAAGACGACGACGGUCGCCGAGGAGACGGACAUCGAUGCCGACGAGACCAACCAGCCGACGGUGUCCGAGGAGCUCAACGUGAACCGAGGGGUGACCGAUCUGGAUGCCACAGCCAAGACAUCCGAGCUCAACCACUCAGACAAGAUUUCCGAAGAAGCCUCCUUCCUGAUGUCCAGCCCCAGGUUGCUGCUUCCGGCGUCCAGUGUGCUCUCGCCCGGCACUCCCUUGUCUGUUCACCAUCAGAUCCAACUUCUCCAGCAGCAGCUUCAGCAGCAACAGCAGCAGACGCAAGUGGCCGUGGCGCAGGUUCACCUCUUGAAAGACCAGCUGAGUGCAGAGGCCACGGCUCGGCUGGAGGCACAGGCUCGCGUUCACCAGCUCCUGCUGCAGAAUAAAGACCUGCUGCAGCACAUCUCGCUCCUGGUCAAGCAGAUGCAGGAACUGGAGAGCAAGAUCACCGGACCUGGCUCCACGGGAUCCCAGGACAGUUUGUUGGAGAUCACCUUCCGGUCCACGGUGGCCCCGGUAAUCUGCGACCCAACAACGCCUGAACCGGAGGUGUCGGCCCUCAACCUACCCCAGCUUUGCAGCGCCGACGGGGCCGCCAAUGCAUUUGCGUCUUCCAACGGGAAUCUGGGAAGCCCGCUAGUUGACCAAAGCAUGUUUGAGAAUUCCGUUGCCCAGCAACAGAGUCCGCAGACCACCAGGCAAGGCCCGCCUUCCACCAGAAGAAGCCCGACAUCCCCAAACUCUCACCUGUCCAUCGGUGCCUCGGACUCUCCAUCGUCCGGAGGCCAGCAGAGGCUGAAAAAUGCCAUCAAUCUAGGCAAGGCCGUCGGGGCAAAGAUGAACGACCUGUUGAGGAGGAAGGAAUCCAGCCACGUGGGCGACAUCGGGGUCACCGAGGUCAACAAGAACGCUGGGGCGGUGUGGUCUUGCAUGGACCAACUCGUUGAAAAUUCGCCAUACAGCCACUUCCCCUUGGACUCCAUCCCUCGGCUUGACCCGCCGCCGCCGUCGGGAAAGAAGCGUCUCCCUCGGGCAUUAAAGACCACCCGGGACAUGAUGAUUUCCUCGGACCCAGUGGUCUCCUCUCCGGAUGCCACGGACGUGUCUUCCCCGAUGGCCCUGCCCGAAAAGACGCCCUUCAUCACCAAGGAGGAGGAGGACGCAUGGGAUGGUGAGCUGGACGCCGGGCCGACGGAAGCGGGCUCUGCAGGUGAGCCAGCGGACGAGACGUCGGAGUUGGCGGGAAGCGGUGCGACACCAGAAAAAGCCAGCCAAGGGCACGCGGAGGAACGCCAGCUCCUUCCGUCUGUACCAGACCUGAUUAACAAGGAGCCUUCUCCUAAAAGCCUGAGCGAGGAGGCCGACAGCGCCAAAGACGAGCACGCGGGCGCCGAGGACCAAGAGCCACACCCGGAUCUGCUGUCCUUUGACUGAGUCCAAGACGCCAGGGCGGGCGGGAUGAUUCUCACCACUCUUUGUAGUCCAUCCAGCUCCAGGGUGUCUUGGAAAAGGGAAUGCGUGAGUUCACAAGCAUUUUUUUUCUACUUUUGAAACAUUUCAAAGCCUUUUCGAGUCCAACUUCCCGGGACUGUUUGCUCUCUGGAAAACGUCAGGACAGUUUUUGUGCAUUUCAAAAUAAAGGUAAAGGUGAUCUGUUUUUGAAGGUGAUAAAUGGACUUCUUAGUGACAUAUAUUUUUACUGAUUGGAUAAUGAAGUCACCACUAACGCAAGACUGAAAGGUGGAAGUGGAGUGAAAAAGCAGGAUGAAGAAAUCAUGAGAAGAAGAAAAAGCAAAUCCGACUUUGAUGCUUGUAGUAGCUGUUUGGAGUGUUUUCCACAUGAUUGCACAAUAACAAAAAUGUGAAUUAACCUCAAACUAACAUACAAAAGUAUUUGUAGUGUUUGUUUCGAGUCCAAAAUGGACCAAAAUAGAGUGAAGGUAUUUCAUUGCGGAGAAUUUCAGGCUGAACGUUUUUUUCCAUUGCAAAAACGAGCACGGCAGCGGAACGGACUGAUGAGAGGAGGGAAAUCGAUGUCAAGUAUAACAACCGAGCUGAUGAGGACUUGUUGUUUUUAUUCCCCGGGGGGAUGGGGGGGAUGGGUGCUACAAUGAUCAUUAUACCGAAGGCGGCAGACCAAAGACGUGAUUGUCUUCAUCAGUUGUUUUUGUUCUAUUUUGUCCGCCUUGGCCGGGUGGGAAAAGAAGGAUUUAUGUUUUAGCAAAAAUUGUCCAUGAGAGUGAGUGCUGGAAAAAAGUAUUUGCCCUCUUCUCAAAUCUUAUUUCUUUGCUUUAGACAGCUCAAACCACUAACUGUAUCUUGAUUUUUUUUAAAUAGCUUCCACAUUUUCUGCACUGUCAAUUUGAAAUAUCCUGCUUUUGAAUAAAGGGUUGGGCAUGUCAACAUUUUUGUAAAUCAGAUCGUCGAUUAAUCAACAAAAUAAUCCACAUAUUCAUCCAUUUUUUAAAUAUCCGUUACUUGAAGCCACUUUGUUGCAGAUUAUCAUACUAAUGUAAAUAUCAGAAAUGUACACUGUGGAGGGGGGGGGGGGCGUUUAGAAUGUAAAAGCAGCACACUCCAUUUUUGCAUUUAUCUUGUGUAGUCUUCUUGUUUCACAUCUUUGGCCCUGGAAAGGUUGAGGCGUCCCAAUUGGGGGACGCCGAUUCCAAAGCCCUAAAACUGACAAAGCGAGGUACACAAGUGGCCUCUAAAAGUGAGCGACGAUCCCUCCGGGGACUUUUUGACCUCCGAAGCUAAGAAAAAUUCCCAGAAGACACAGAGCCAACUGUUGUUAGGGUCGUGGCCGUCUCAAUAAAAGGAAUGCGGAGCUGGACACUCUCCUUUCCAGAAAAGGCACUUUUGUUUCACUCUCUACUCGCAGUCUAUUUUCAGCUUGUGUCUUUGUGUCUUUGUCAUGCAAGCUGCCCGCAUCGCCAAAGGUCUUUGUUCACGUCCAAGCCGUAAUGUUGUGCUCCCCAGAGGCUCCUUUACGUUUGGAGUUGGUCGGCCGACGUUACAACCUCUUUGGUUUAUGGCCCCACUCACAACCUUCUCUAGUAGCUGCUGGCCUCGUUCAAAACCCAAAUACUUCAAUCAUAAAGUGGCCACCGUGGCUUUUUUUUUUUUAUAGUACUCAUGAUGACGCCAAUUUUUAUAUGAAUGAGCGUGUUUUCUACAGUACAUGUGAACUUGUCGUGUCUGAGUCAUAUGUAGUGUGGUUUGGAAAACCAGCCUUUUUUUUUGUAGUGUUGAAUCUUUUUUUAUUUUGUGAGUUGGACAUUACAUAAAGAAUGAAGGAAGCUAAUAAAUGAAUAGAGCUGCUUAAAAACAAAAUUACCUUAAUGUCCUUUUUAAAUGUUUCUAUCAAAUCAUUUUUGUGGUGUAACAAAAAUGCUUAACAUUGUUGAUUAUUUUGGAUAUUUAAGUUUUACUUCCCAAAUGUAUCACUCUGACUGUAAUCUGUAUCACAUGUGGAAAUAGAUUUGAUUAUGAAUUUGG